UUCAGGUGAGAUUAUGAAAAGCUGAAUUCGCUUAUCUACAAUGAUAAGUUGACUUGUUGAGAGCCGACGUUCAAUAUCGGAAUAAAGGUGGAACAAUUCUAUUCUUUCAUGAUUGGACACGAUUGAGUCAGAUUCAAAUCGGAAUGACCAAAAUAGAAAUUAAUCAUCGUCUCGAUUUACAUUGGAAGAAUUAAGUUGUUUUACUGAAACGACGAAUAGCUAAUUCUUUAUAUAUAUAUUGCAUCUAACCAUUGGCAAACAAUACUUUUGAUAUAUGCAGUUCUUGAAUCAGACGGUCGUUGGUAAGAACUAUUUGAUAGUCCAUUCUGCUCUGAUAAAUACAGAAGAUGUGUGAGAAAUUUUUUAUAUCCUUGUACGUCUUUGUCGCUUUGACUGCAAGUUUAAGAGCUCGUACAACAAUGGAGGAGAAAUAUUCGCACUGGUACCAAAUGGCUUACCCCACGUCGGAGAAAGUAAACACAACCCAACAUGUUCGAUUCUUCAAAAACAAUCUGCUUAUGUGGAAAUGGAGCGGUCGUGUAGACGAUCCCGCAAAUUAUGAUCCACAAUUCGACAUCCACAAUCGAGUAUGCUCAACUGAUGCUAUUACUUUAGAGCCGCAACCUCGACUGAAUUACAUAAUCAACGAAGCGUAUUUGAAGAAUGUGAACUUACAAAAUGAAACGGACUUAAAAGUGCAUAGGUAUAACCAGACAACAACUUGGAUGCAUUCAAGAUUUUACACCGGCGAGUGUGCAAAAAGGUCGUACAACAACACUCCGGGGGAAAAUUUGACAUUCAAAACGCAAAAAGGCUUUUCAGAUGACUUUUUUGACGUUAACAACUGGGUUCUAUGCUCAGAAAGAGAGUUCUGUAACGAAGCGCUAUCCAAUGAGGCUGGGUUGAGUGCUAUGUCGAACCACAAGUUCUUCGAUUUUCCGCUGGACGGUCAACGAAUUCCAGCGUCAACGUCUCAAUUUUUGGUCGCCGAUACCUUCGAUGGGCCAGAUAUGUCCACGUUGAAAGAAGUCUUGCAUGAACAGCCAGAAGUUAUCAAUGUUUCCGCUUUGGAAUUCAGCGACCACUACCGGGCAAGCGUCAGUCGUGAAAUAGGAAUGUGCGAUUACACCGCUGCAGUUAUGGACAAAGUAUGCGAAUCCCUUGGAUACUCGGAUUACACACAUCGGAACACAGAAAAGUGUGAGCAUAACUUGACAAUGAUCCAUCCUCUUUGUUCUUGUCGCUUCUACUGUGGUUCUAUGAUACAAACCAAAUUAUAUCACGAUGUGGCGGAUGUAUUUGCUAUCAUUGAUAAUAUAACCCAUCAAUGGAAACAUAACGAACCAAAAGAGACAAAAAACAUGGCUAUUGUUCAGUACUGUGAACCAAAACAACAAGGCUGUGUAUACGGUUUACAAUUGGUUUUUAAUGAUUCAAACACAGCAGACAUAUCACUUCUGACCGAUGCCUUAACUUUACUAGGAGAGCCUUACCGGAAAGACGACCAUCAUUUUUUUGAAGCUCCUUUAGACUCUGGAUCGAAAAAUCGAGGGUCCGGACUUCGAAUUACACUCGCGGCUAAGUUUGUACUUGCCGUUGUUAGUUUAUGUGGGCUAGUGUUUGUAGCAGUCUAUUUUCUGAAGAGAUCAAAACGAGGAAAUAAUGAACAUCAGGUGCAAAUGACAGACAUAUCGGACGGUGACAUCGAAAUAUUCGCAAGUGCUGUUAUGGAUCAAUCGGCACCGUAUGCGGUCAACCACGCGAGGAGCGGAGGACCUACAAGCACGAGUUUAACCACCAAGUUAUUCGGUCCAAAAGCUAGAAGAGAUGGAUUCCAGCCGUUCAACACUUCGACUUUGGAUCUGAUCCAAGACGAACAGGACGACGAACCAGUAAAUUUUGAAACGAACCAAAACUGAAUUACGAAUAACAAGCUGCUUAUUUUGCAUUCAAUUAAAGUAGAAAGUGAUUGUCUAUAUACCCUUUUAAUGACUGGUUUUUACAUUCCAAUUGUAAAAUUUCAACUUUACCUAAUCAAUUUUUCAAAUAGCAAUUUACUUCUUAAGGACUAG